CAAGAAACACAAGGGACCACCAUCAUAAAACAAAAAUCAACCUAUAAAAUCAAGAAAAAUGCAUCCAUUUCAUCUUUGCGCAUAGCCCUGUUCGCAGUACUCUAUAUAUUAUUACUUUUUUUUUUACUAUUAUUAAUAAUAUUUUUUUAUAUCUUUUUAGCAAACAAUCAACCUAUUUCUUGUGCGAUUUCGAUUUCGAUUUCGAUAAUCUAUCUGCAGAGGCAAUUGUGCGUGUUUUUUGGGGAUCAAUUGUCGAUUUCUAGGGUUAGGGUUUGCGUUUCAAUUUGACGGAUCGGAUAAUUAGGGUUUUUGUGUGAUUUGAAUUUGGGAAAUGGAUAAGAAGAAGGUUGCAGUGCCUCUUGUGUGUCAUGGACAUUCACGGCCGGUGGUUGAUUUGUUCUACAGUCCGGUCACUCCAGAUGGAUAUUUUCUCAUCAGUGCUAGCAAAGAUUCCACUCCUAUGCUUAGAAAUGGAGAAACUGGAGACUGGAUAGGAACCUUUGAGGGGCAUAAAGGUGCAGUUUGGAGUUGUUGUCUCGAUACGCAUGCUCUGCGUGCUGCAUCAGCGUCUGCGGAUUUUUCAGCUAAAUUGUGGGAUGCAUUGACCGGGGAUGUGCUACACUCGUUUGACCACAAGCAUAUUGUCAGAGCAUGUUCCUUUUCUGAGGAUACACAUUUCCUGCUGACUGGUGGUUUUGAGAAAAAACUUCGCAUAUUUGAUUUAAAUCGACCAGAUGCAUCUCCAAGAGAAAUUGAGCAUUCUCCAGGUUCUGUCAGGACCGUUGUAUGGCUCCAUAGUGACCAAACAAUAUUGAGUUCUUGCUCUGAUUCUGGGGGAGUGAGGCUAUGGGACGUGAGAAGCGGGAAAAUGGCUCAUACUCUUGAAACCAAAUCACCUGUGACCAGUGCUGAGGUCAGCAAGGAUGGUCGUUACAUAACCACUGCAGAUGGAUCGUCUGUUAAAUUCUGGGAUGCAAAUCAUUUUGGAUUGGUGAAAAGUUAUGAUAUGCCCUGCAACGUGGAAUCAGCAUCAUUGGAACCGAAGUUUGGUGAUAAGUUUAUUGCUGGAGGGGAAGACAUGUGGAUUCGCCUGUUUGAUUUCAACACUGGUGAAGAAAUCGGGUGCAACAAGGGUCACCACGGUCCAGUCCAUUGUGUGCGGUUCUCGCCUGGAGGUGAAUCAUAUGCAUCUGGGUCGGAAGACGGAACGAUAAGAAUAUGGCAAACAGGGUCUUUGAAUCCAAAGGAGAAAGAAAGUUCUGUUCAAAAUGGGCCCAUGACAAGUGAUGAUAUUGGCACAAAGUUGGAAGAUUUGAAAGUUUGAUUAGGAGUUGGUUGUUAACUAGAAGGAUACAUACAUACAUAUGUGUUUUGUUCUCUACCUAAUUUUGAAGUCUCUUCUCUUGUCACUUUACCCUUUUAAAUAAAUAGACGCUACUUGUGUUGCUUGCUUGA